AUGGCUGAUUCAAUCUAUUAUCAAUUGAGUCUAUAUACUCAACCACUAUUGAUUAUUUUGGGAACAAUUGGUGUUAUAUUUAAUCAAAUAUUGUUCUUUUCUCGAAAAUCAUUACGAGCUACAUCAUGUUCAUUAUAUUUUCGAGCACAUUCAUUUAAUGAUUUUCUUGUUCUAUAUAUUUAUGUACUUAUGCAAUGGAUUGCUGAUCAAUAUGGAUACGAUCCAACAUCAAAAUACAAUUGGUAUUGUAAAACAAAAACAUAUGUAGAAACCGGUCUCUAUACUUUAUCACCAUAUUUUGUUGUUUUGGCCUGUUUUGAUCGUUUAUGUGUAAGUUCAUCAAAUAGUAGAAUACGAAAAGUUGCAACCAUUCGUAUCGCAUCUUAUCUAAUACCUUGUAUGACUGUAUUGGUUUUCGCUGCUUAUUUUCAUAUUCCUAUUUGGUAUUUAUUAGUUUCGUAUCCAACAGGUUCAGUUUGUACCGUCGUCAAUUUUACUUACAUUCGAAUAUAUGCCGUAUUUCUCGUUAUAUUCUUAGGAUUUAUGCCUCCUUGUCUAAUGAUAGUUCUAUGCUCUAUUGCAUUUGUCCUUUUACGUCAACGACGACGUCAAAUAAUGCCUAUCAAUCAAGCACGUUUACGUCAGCGUGAUAAUCAAUUAUUAAAGAUGCUCUUUCUUUAUGUAGCAUGCCACUUGAUAUGUACAAUUCCAUUUAGUAUUGUAUUAGUUAUUGCUGUCUAUCAAAUACCAACACCUUCGGCUACAGUAAUUCUUUUAUUUCGUCUAUUUAUUCUAUUAUUCAAUAUAAAUUUUUCAACAAGCUUUUAUAUUUAUACACUUGGUACUCCUUUUUAUCGACAUGAAUUAUGUUGUUUGAUUAAGGACAUCUACAAUCGAUUAAACAGAAUGAUUUAUAACAAUAAUAAUCAACUAAGACUUCAAGUCGUUGAUAAUUUACAUUUCAAGAGAACUUAA